ACUCAAACGAUUCACUCGUUUGUAUGACUUUUGUUGUACUUUUGUAUAGCUUUUUAUUAGCCUUUAAUUCAGUGAUUAGUUUUGAACUCACAGUUAGUUUCAAUUGAUAUUUCGCUCGCAAUUGGUCUCAACAGUAGCCACGAAUCAGAUCCACAAAAAUGAUGGAAGACUUUGAGAAGAUCGAAAAGAUUGGAGAGGGCACUUAUGGUGUGGUAUAUAAGGCGAAGAACAAGAAGACCAAUGAGUUGGUGGCGCUCAAGAAGAUCCGUCUGGAGAAUGAGGACGAAGGCGUGCCCUCCACUGCCAUCAGAGAAAUCACUUUACUUAAGGAGUUGAUGCACCCGAAUGUGGUCCGUCUGGAGGACGUGAUAAUGCAAGAAAACCGACUCUAUUUGGUGUUUGAGUUCCUGUCGAUGGAUCUCAAGAAAUACUUGGAUUCGUUGCCAAACCCUAAGCUCAUGGAAGAGAGUCUCGUAAAAAGCUAUUUGUACCAAAUAUUGGACGCAAUAGUCUUCUGCCACUCGCGGCGUGUCAUACAUCGGGACCUAAAGCCGCAGAAUCUGUUGCUCGACUCGAAGGGAGUCAUAAAAUUGGCCGACUUUGGUCUGGCGCGGGCUUUCGGCAUACCGGUGCGCGUCUACACCCACGAAGUGGUCACUCUGUGGUACAGGGCUCCGGAGGUGCUGCUCGGCGGCCAACGGUACUCAACGCCGGUCGACAUCUGGAGUAUUGGCUGUAUAUUCGCGGAGAUGGCCAACAAAAACCCCUUAUUUCACGGCGACUCUGAAAUCGAUCAGUUGUUCCGUAUAUUUCGAACACUGGGAACACCGGUGGAGGACAACUGGCCGGGAGUGACACAACUGCCUGACUAUAAGCAGUCGUUCCCGAGUUGGAAAAAAAACAUUAUCCCGUCUCUGAUGCCAAACACAGAACAGUCCGGAAUAGACUUACUUCAGAGUAUGUUGAUAUACGACCCGCACAAACGCAUCUCAGCCAAAGCCGCCCUAAAGCACCCGUAUUUCAGCGAUUUAAAUAAGACUACACUUCCGACCGCUUCUAUGGCUGUCGACUAAGUCGUGUAAAUACGUUGACUCUAACACUCAGAUUCUUGUAUUGUAUGAAAGUAUUCACAAUUCAGUAUUAAAUUAAUGAUGACUUUCCACACGAAUGAAUGCCAAAUAUAUUUGUGUUCAACCAUUAACUACUUUUCUAUAUUUAUAACUUAUAAGCACUACUUAAGUCAUUAAAAUUAUAUUUUUAUAUUCAAUAAAUACCAUAUAUUAUACGCCAAAACUCUGUUAAUGUUAGAUUGAAUAAAAUUAUUUUUUAAGACCCUGAGC